GCUCUGCGCAUGCGCGUUCACUAGAGGUUACAGACUGUCGGUCAGCGUGUAACGUUACUGAAUAAUGGCAGCAGCUACUCUAACUACACUACCAGCCAUGAGGAGAUAACGCUGAGCCCAGUAUUCACUCUCACUGUUACCAUGACUCAUUUCUACACUCGCAGGUAGCCGGUUACCGUUAACUCAGCUACUAGUAGCUCAGCUCUGAGCUUUUACUGUCUCUUGUUUAGCAGCCCGGCUUUUACUCACAAAGUGCCCGCAGACAUGCAGAGAAUAAGGUCUCUGAAAACCGCCUGGCAGCUGCUGAAAUCCAGCUGUGAGGAAGCAGCAAAACAAGUCAACAUCUCGCCUUCGACCUCACGAAAUUACAGCCAUCUCCCUCCUCAGGGCUCCAGCUCCUUCGGGCUCCUCUUUGACAUUGAUGGGGUGCUGGUUCGAGGCAGGACGCCGAUCCCUGCAGCCAAGCAGUGCUUCAAGAACCUGGUGGACCGCCAUGGGAAAUACAAGGUGCCUGUGGUGUUCGUCACCAACGCUGGGAACUGCAUGAGGCAGACCAAAGCUGAGUUUCUGUCACAUCUGCUUGAGGUGGAGGUGUCUCCAGACCAGGUGAUGCUGUCCCACAGUCCUUUGCGAAUGUUCACCCAGUUCCACAAAAUGCGCGUGCUGGUGUCAGGACAGGGUCCCGUGGAGGAGGUCGCACACAACUUGGGCUUUCAGGAUGUCGUUACAAUAGACAUGCUCAGGGAGGCAUAUCCUCUUCUAGAUGUCGUUGAUCACAACAGAAGGCCCAAAGAUAGUAUUCCCUCCACCAAAGGCUUACCCCCAAUAGACGCUGUCAUCCUAUUUGGUGAGCCAAUCAGAUGGGAGACCAACCUCCAGCUCAUCGUCGACGUGCUCCUGACAAACGGGAAACAAGACAGCGCCUGGAGUUCGAUGCGGUACCCUCACAUCCCGGUCUUGGCCUGUAACAUGGACCUGCUGUGGAUGGCCGAGGCGAAGAAUCCCAGGUUUGGUCACGGUAUGUUCCUGGUGUGCCUAGAGAGCCUGUACAAGAAGGUCACCGGCAAUGAGCUGAAGUACGAGGCUCUGAUCGGUAAACCCAGCGUGGUGACGUAUAACUACGCCGAGCUGCUGAUUAGACAGCAGGCUGAGAGACUUGGCUGGACCACACCUGUGAAAACGCUGUAUGCUAUAGGUGAUAACCCCAUGGCUGACAUAUACGGUGCCAACCUGUACAACCACUACCUGCGGGCUUCUCACCGCACCAAGGCCCAGAUGCAGGCUAAGAGCGGCGGAGUAGGAGUAGAUGCCUUGCCAGAAACUGUUGAUGACGGCCCAAAAAUGACAUCAGCGGAACUAGGUGGAGCGUCAGGUGUGUACGGGGCGGAGGAGGACCUCCCCGAGGGCUGCAGCUCCAUCCUGGUGUGCACAGGAGUGUACAGCAGAGAGCAGCAGGAGCUGCCCGCGGACCCGGCGCAUACCGUCUCAGAGCAGCACAUCUUCCACGGCCACAGGGACUUCCGCUUUGACCCCAGCCUCACGCAGCCGUCCUUCGUGGUGGAGGACGUGAAGGAGGCGGUGGAGCUGGUGUUUCAGCAGGAAGGCUGGCCUCUGGAGUAGGAUGAGUGGUUCGCAAACUCACAGCCGUCCAGUAAACAGCUCUAACUGGUAGCAGCAGAAGCUUUAUGAGCGUUUGUUUUUUUACUAAUAUAUGGCCCUGAUUAUCACAGAGGAGAUGUAGCUGUUUCACGUCAAAGUGCCAUAGAAUCAGCUGCAAAAAGCAACAAUAUGCAGUUUUAACACCCAAUGGAAAGUUACACCCAUUUUAAGUCAGUCAUGCAUGGUAAUGUCUUACAGACUGCUGCAGUAUUUUUUUCGUUCAAUGAACACACAUCAGUUUCUAAUCGCCCUACAGUACCUACUACUUUCUCUUUACUGUAUGUCAAGGACUCAAGUUCUCUUUUUCAUGGAUUGUUAAAAAGUCUACAUGUUGAGUUACAUCCAUUUUUACUGCACUCAGACUUUUAUCUAGUAUCUGUAAGUUCAGGGAUGACAGACAUAGUUCAAACAUAGUUACACCUUAAACUGGAUCAGAUUGAUUCAGAAAGAAUGAGCCCUGUAUAAAGACACAUCUUCUGGUUCAUCUGUGACACAGCGUAUUGUCUAGAGACAAAGAUGGAUUUGAUUCUUUGCACAACCGUCUACCUAACUGGGUCAUCUUGCCUUUCCAAAAUAUACACCCCACCCCCCCAGCGGGUCUUAACUAGACCAGUCCUGCUGUUUGUUUUUACUGCUAUCAUAUUUCAGCUUGAUUUGUUUUUAAGAUAGGGUGAAUGCGUAACCACUAAUGCUGAUGAGAUUAAGUUGCCAGGUUUCAGUUUAGUACCUCAUUUGGUCUCAAACAAGAGCACGGUACUGUUAUUCUAGUAUUGUUUUGUAGAAUUGAAAGGUCCCAGUUUCAACAGAAAUGAAAAAGGUGCUAUUUUUCUGUCAAAUGGUUAAAGUAAUUAGAACUUUAUGAAUGGUUAAUGUGAAUGUUUGUAAUCAAAGACUUUUGUGGCAGAAAAAGGUACCUAAAGUUGCAGCACCACUGAAAUGUUCACACUGUCCUGGUGUGUUAUAUAUUUGUAUAUGACAAAGAAGGAUUUGCAAGUGAAUAAAUUGUAGGUUAAAAAUGUGGAACUUUGGUAAUGUGCUGAAAGAGCUGUACUGAAUGAAAGAACAAUUAAAAAGGACGAAAGACACAAAAA